UCAUCAUUACCAAAUAAUUCUCUGAUUUUAAUUGCGCUUAUUGAGUUUGACUUAACAUUUGUGCUUUUUUCCCUUUUAUUCGGAAUUACGUUUUACACUUUAUCAUGGAAGUCCAACGCGAACAGCAGCAGUCGAAGCAGCAGUACAGCCGCGAGCAACGUGACCAACGGGAGCAACGCGAGGUGCAGCAUUCCGAGGUGGAGCAGACCAGCUACAUGCAGACGCAGAUCAAGGUGCCCAUCAUGAAACUCCCCACUCCUUCCAUCAUCACCGUUCCGUUGGCGCAGGAAUUGGUCGGCGAAGGCUUCCAGGCAUCCAUCUCGCGCAUCAGCGGCGUCUCGGAGGAAAUCCAGAUCGUGGAGAACGCCCAGCUAGAAGAAGAGACCCGCCGCGACUACGAAGCCAAACAGCGUGAACAGGAGCAGCUGCAGCUGGCCUUCGAGAAGGAAGUGGAGAAGAAAACCGAAGCCUACCGGAAACAGCAGGAGAUUGAAGCGGAAAUCAUCCGCAAAGAGCUGGAGAAGCAGCACAUCCGUGAUGUGGAAUUCCGCAAAGAGCUGGUGGAGCAUGCCAUUGAGAACCAGAAGCGCCAGAUCGACAUUGAAUCGCGCUACGCCAAGAAGGAACUGGAACGGGAACGCGCCAAGGCCCGCAUGAUGCUGGAAAAGCAGAAAUUCCACAGCGACAUCUCGGUUAAUUUGGAAUCCCAUGCGGCAAACACCCAGGCCGGCGAGCAACUGCAAGUGGUCUCCGAGUCGGAGAAAUUCCAGUCCAACCAGAAAGUGUCCUGCGGCCAGCAGCGCGCUGGCUAACCCCGCCUACAGUAACCGGGACGCUUCCCAACUUGUACAGGAAUACAUUGUUAAUCUGUUUCCCGAACGAGUCUCUUAACGUUCUGUACUCAUGUCUGUUUUGUACCUUCUUCAAUGUCUAGAAUAGUAAAUUUUUACAGCUUAUUGCUCGUUUUUUGGUUUGUGGUUAAUUUGAAAUUUUUUGUUGGUAUGGUCAUUUGCCAUAAAAUGUUUUUCGGCGAUUAUGUAAUACAGCGAUUUACUCGUACAUGUAGCCAAACACGAAUAAAAAUUAAUAUGUCAGAAAAAGAAA